AUGGAGAAAGUCAGUGCACUGGAGAAAGAGACCACCAGCUCCACAACCGGCACACAGCAGGCUGAGGAAAACACUCCAGGAAGCAGCACGUCUGAGGCUGAGGACAGUCCCGCUGUCUGCAGAGAUGAUGCAGAGAAUCCAUCAGAAGAGGAAGGAAACAGCAAACUGUCACUGAUCAGCUGGAACGUGGACGGGCUCGAUUCAGAGAAACAGCCGGAGAGAGCACGAGGCCUCUGCUCUUAUCUGAUGAGACACUCUCCUGACGUGGUGCUUCUUCAGGAGCUCAUCCAACCAUACGUCCGCUUCAUGAAGAACCGUCUGGCGGCAAGCUACACGUUCAUUGAAGGUACAUCUGGUAAAGAGGGUUACUUUGUCGCAAUGAUGCUGAAGAAGUCACGAGUCACCCUGCUGGACAGCAAGAUACACGACUUUCCACUCAGUCGAAUGAUGAGGAACCUGCUCAUUGCUCAGGUGCUGUUCAGAGGCCAGAAGUUUUCUCUGAUGACGUCACACUUUGAGAGCUGUAAGGCCUUCGCAGCAGAGCGGAUGAGACAGCUGUCACUGGUGAUGAGGGCGAUGACAAGUGCACCUGAUGAUGUGACCGUCUUGUUUGGAGGAGACACCAACCUGAGAGAUGCAGAGGUGGCCAAAGUGGGACUUCCCAGCUGCGUCUGUGAUGUGUGGGAGCAGCUGGGAGAGCCGGAGCAUUGCCGUUACACAUGGGACACUCACGCAAACACCAACAAAGAUGUCGAGUUCAAGUGUCGCCUCCGCUUCGACCGUCUCUACCUGCGCCGGGCUGCCAAAGAAGGAGUCCCACAGCUGGAACCUGACAGCAUGGCGUUGAUCGGGCUGGAGAAGCUGCCGUGCGGCCGCUACACCAGUGAUCACUGGGGGAUCUACUGCACUUUCUCCACUGAGUAG